AGUGUGGGACUCCCGUCUAAGGGGAUCGGGAGCCCACAGAUGCCUUCUCUGGUAACCCCGGUAGAGCCUGGGAGGGACUCUGUGCCAGGUGUUACUAGGGAGGAGGUUGUCGCGUUUGGCGGGAUCCCGGACCCUAGCGUCGAGGGGAGACGGAUGAGUGCUCGCAUCCUCGACAUACCCGAGGUAGAUGAUAUGCAGCAGCGGUGCGCUAUGAGGGCGGCCAAGCUUCAGGAGGCUGCUUUGUCUUCCGGUCAUAUUCCGUACUACGGCGCUGAUCCGUUCAUGGUCGCUACUCACCCAGACGGAGGCCAGGGAGCAUUUGGUUACUGGGUCUUUCCGCUGGGAGAUGGUAGCUCGGGAUAUAUUCAACCGGUUUGGAUGGCGGUCAUGUAAUAGGAUAGGCAUUUAGAUUUCCUAUCUAUUUUUUUAGCCAGCCGGUUGUGGCGUCUUUCCUCGGCUAGUUGGUGUUUCUAGCCCCUAUUGGCUCUGUGUGAGCUGUCUGUGCUUUUUAUUAUUUGUGGAGACCUUUGGAACCAUGUUGACACUACUUUAUUUGGUUAAUAAGAUGGCCGUAUGCAUCUUUCUGAUG